AUGUCCUUCAUCUGUGGUUCCUUCAAAGAUCAGAAAGAAGAGGAUUUCGAAGUUCUUUGGCCAUACCCUCCCACACCUGUAAGAAAAACAAGAAGACACAGAUUUUGUUGCAGAAGGAACAAAGAAAACAAGAAUCCGUAUUCAGAUCGUGGGCUCGACAAAUUUGAAGCUCUCUUGGCUGAUCUUGAUGACAAGAAGCAGAAGAUCUUCACCCAAAAGGGAUCACAGUACAUCUCCUUUGUUCGGUUUGUGUACUCAAACUCCAACGAUGUGAAGCCCAUUAUUGUGAGGUUAAGAGAUCCAAAGAAACAUGACAAAGAUCAUCAUAAGGAAAUUCACGUGAAAGACACAAAAAAUUCGACACUUUUGAGAGCUACAACUUUGGAUCAUCAUCAGACUUCAAAGCCUCCUGGAGCUGUCACUAAUGGUACGAUCAAAGCCCAAGAAACAGAAGAUGUGAAACCAUCGAUUGAUCGAUGUACGAAGAUGAUUAGGGUUGACCAAUGGAAGUUGAAUUUGAAAAGGAAGUUAGAGGAGUGGUGGAUGCCUUCCUAUAAUUUACCUUUGUUUUUUGUUUUGGUCUUGGUUUUCUUAACAUUUUUCGGAAGAUCUUUGGCGAUUAUAUGCACUUCGAUUGCUUGGUACAUGAUUCCUACCAUUGAUGGAACACUCGAGAGCACCACCAUGAAGCAGAAGAAGAUGAUCAAGAAUGGGCACUCAAGACAACCGAGUGAAAAUAAAAUGAUUUCUUCUCCAAAAGCCUUUUUCAGUGGACCCAUAAAUGUUCAGCAAAAGCGUAAGAUGCAGAAGCUCAUGAGUUUUUGA